GGUGACGCCGACCAUGAGGAUGACGAGCACACCUAGGGGGUUCGCAAGAGCCAUACUGUUGAGCAGGGGAAUUAGCACUCCGAAGAGAUGUUUCACUACGGCGACAGAAAAACCAGUAAUACCUCAAGUAGUCUUUUCUGGCAUACAACCGACCGGUACACCCCACUUGGGAAAUUAUCUAGGCUUGUUCUUACCUUUUCUUAAAUUACAACGAUCCCUCCCACCGGGUAUCCCGCUGUACCUCUCGGUGGUGGGAUUACAUGCUAUCACACUUCCACAAGAUCCUAAAACUCUAGCAGAGGAUAGGAUGAAUAUGAUGGCUAGCUUGAUGGCCUGUGGGGUAGAUCCUCAGAGAACCUGUCUUUUUUUCCAGGAAGAAGUACCUGAACAUGCAGAAUUGGCUUGGAUACUGAACACCCUCACGUCAGUCGGUAAAUUACAAAGAAUGACGACCUGGAAGUCGAAAAUAGCAACGAAGAUUAAUGCUUCGGAAGACAACGUAACACAAUCUGACCUUCGUCUGGGUCUUUUGGCGUAUCCGGUGUUGCAAGCUGCAGAUGUCCUUCUGUAUAAGGCUACUCAAGUACCUGUUGGGGAAGAUCAGACUCAACAUCUCGAACUGACCAAAGGUAUAGCAGAGACGUUCAAUAGGAAAUACGGGCCAACGUUCCCUAUACCAAAAACUAUGAUUGUCCCUUCCAAACGUAUUCUCAACCUCCGCGACCCUUCUCAAAAGAUGUCUAAAUCAUCACCCAACCCUUUAUCAAGAAUAACUAUCUUAGAUCCUCCUCAAACUAUCCUGUCCAACCUCAAAGCGGCCGUAACGGACUCUCUACCUGGAGUCACAUACGAUCCUAUUUCCAGACCAGGAGUUAGUAACCUUCUCACCAUUUGGUCCGCCCUUGAUCCGUCCAACAGAACUCCGGAGCAGUUAGUGGAAGAAUGCGGAGAAUGGGGUUUGGGAAAGUUGAAAGAACACGUAGGUGAGGUGAUAGUUGAGAGUCUUAAAGGUAUCAAAGAGGAAUAUGAGAGGAUAAGGAGUGCAGAUGGGUUUUUGAGGUCUGUAGCGAAAGAUGGUAGAGAAUGGGCGGGGGGAGUAGCGAAAGUGACAAUGAAAGAGGUGAAACAAAAGGUUGGAUUGGGACCUUUAGAAUGAUAUAUAUUUCCUGAUUCUUAUAAAAUUUAUCAUCAUCUGAUGGGAAAGAAUAAAACAAUCUGGCAGAAAAUGCAUCACAAAAACAUGUCACCUC